AUGAUCGUGGCUCAGAAAAGGGAUCAGCUUCUGACCAAAGUCUCUACUACUGGCACGACCGGUCACUACGAAACUCGCCCGCCAGCCUCACAAGCAGCCACCCGACCCCGUUUCAACAUGCGCAUCUACACCACGGAGCUCCUUGCCGCGGUCGCGUUCAUCGAAAGUCUCUCAAGAUACUCUGCCUCAGGUUCGAAGACGCUGCGGCCGGAUCUCCAUUCCAGUGAUCGUCCCAAAGACCGGGUGGGCGACGCCAGCGACGACGGCAUGUCACAAAGCGACGACGAAGCAAAUGGCGAAGACAGGACAGGGACUCGGGAUGUGCACAGUCUCCUUGCGUUGUUUGGACGAGCGCAAAAGCGGACAUACGACCAUGAAAUCCCCGACUUUGAUGCUCAAGGUUGGGAUCGAUUCGUACUUGGAACAGCGGAAGAUCAGGUACACGACCAAAUUAUCCCCACGCUUGCUGCUGAAGAUUGGGAUCAACUCAGACACGCACAUUAUGCACCAGAACGUCUCGAGUCGAGCGGAACCGUGGCGACACCGGUGCUUGAUCUGCCUUCACUCGCGGAAAAAGAGCAGGCACCUGUCGUGGCUUCUCAAUCGGAAGCAGAUAGUACGAAAGUCAACGAGCAUUCGCCUGGUGUGGCUCCUCGAUUGGAAGCAGACAGUACGAGGGUCAACGAGCAUUCGCCUGGUGUGGCUUCUCGAUUGGAAGUAGACAGUACGAGGAUCAAUGAGCUACUGAUUGCUGACGCAACUCAAUUGGAAGUAAAAUGGGCGGGAUUUGGAAAAAGGAUGAGGGAAACCGAGCAUGCGCUUGCUGUGGCUCCUCAACCUAAAGACAAACGUACGAGUAUCAUCGAGCAACUGCAACAGCAAACGGAUAAGAACCUUUUGAGCCCAGACCAGUGGAACUCCCUGAAGAAGGGGAAGAAAACACAGGAUUGGACAGCAGAACAGCUGAUGCAGGAUCUGGUAGAAGUGUAUUGUGCUAAAGCUAAUGGCUUAACCAAACUCGCGUCUGCUUUGCGAAAAGCUAAGGUGGCUGGUCGUAAUGACGGAGAGAUAUUCACUGCUUUGGAGGCGGCGAUGUUAGAGUCCUGGAAGAACCGCGGCAUCACGUUCGACCGUUCUAUCGACCUUCUGGAGCUCCCCAAGCUGGCGGAAGAAAAAGACAUGACGGUCAACAAGUUGCGACUGCUUUAUCGAUACAAAUUUGUGUCCCUCGGCAGUCAACCUGGCCGAGGACAGAAUGUAUAUCGGCACUUGCUUAAAAAGCUCAACAGCAAAGACGACGAAAAAUAUCUACGGACGAUAGCGCAAGCGGGGGAGGAGUCUACCAUUGCGAAAGGGAUGCUGAUGUAUUAUGCAAUCUCUAAAAGACGCAUGUCCUCCGCUACAAUGAUCGAACGCAUGCGCGCUGCGCAAAUAAGUGAAAUCAUGAUUCGGUGUCUGCCAAGUAAAGCACAAUGGGUUGCACAAGCGCAAAAAAAGAACGACCGCAAGGUUCGAUGGACUAACAUUGCGACUGCGCUGGACACGGCGCUGGAAGAAGACCCGACUAAAGUUGUUAACAAGGCUCUGGUAGAGUCAAAGUCGUCCAGCAACCCGAGCGCGAACAAUUCAAAGAGGAAGGAAGGCACUUUUUCGACUUACGAGGCUGCACUAGCGUUACCAAAGGAGGACCCGAAACGCCAAAAGACCGCGGGACCUUCCAUUCGACGUUAG